GUGGUAGGCGUGGUCGGGGGGUGGCAACCCCCCUCUCGACCUGGCGCCGCCAUCACGGAUCACCACGGCGACCGUCACAGGUGCCCUGACAACGGGCCCCGGGCCGCCGGUUGCACGGGGGGCAGUUGUGCCGCCCCGGGCGGCGGUGGAGGGCCGGCGCCUCCAUCUGCUACGACGCGCGUAUCUGGCGCCACUUCUACUGGUCGCGUUGCUAACAGCAGCGUCGUCGGCGUCGGUCCUAUUAGCGAACGCUAUCCGCUCGGUAAAGACGCACGCCAAACUGCAAUUGCGUCGCCGACGCCGCUGCACAUCGGCGUCGGCGCCGCGAACAUUACUGGUGGAAACGGUGGUACCAAUCCACAUAGUAAAUCACCAAGUGCUGGGUAUUUGCAUCAAGACAGGCUCUUCUUCAACGAAAGAUCAUCGCCAGCUUCACCCGUGGCAUCGUUGGCAAAUACCAACCGAUAUUCAAGUUCUAGUAGUAGCGGGUCGGAUAGGUAUUCACAUGGAAGCUUGGAGAAGUACCACUCCAGUUCGGGACCUUACGCCCGAACCCCAACACCGUCAUCAGAACGGCUCCAUUCUCUGGAUAAAAAGUACUAUCUGGAGGCAGUGGAGACGACGCCGCAAAUUACCUGCACGCUUGAUAGGUAUACACCGACUGAUCGCCACAGGCGGAACUCGAAGUCUGAUGCUUACAAAAUUAGAGAGAGAUCCACUAGUUCGGAUAGAAAGGAAAGACUGCAAAGAGAGUGCUUACAGGGACGUUCUCAGUACGAAAGCGGAGGAUCACAGUAUGAAAGACCGACAACCCCCUCCAUUCUGGCGUGUCCACCGGCGCCGGCGCCCUUCGGGGGUCCAUCGUCGUCAUCGGUGUCAGAGCCUCCGUCGCCGGCUCCGGCCUGCGACCGGUUCGUGGCACCUCCUCCUGCUGACGGAGAACCAGAAACCACCGACUGCUAUGCUCACGGAACGUUUCCGAGUCCAGUGGCGCCGGCGGUACAGGAACGAUUCGCAGCCCCUCCACUGCCGGCGCCCAGCCCAACAGAGGAUAGGAGCAAUAGCAAACAGAGAUAUCACCAAGAUAAAUACCAAUACACGUCACCGAACCAAUCGUCAGAGCGGUACCACCACACGUACUCGGCUGGAACUAGUAAAUCGGACAGGUACCAGUUGCCAAACGAGUCAGCACCGGCACCCUCUGGUGUCGGUAACUAUUACCAAACGGUGAAUGGCUGCGAGCCAAGAUUCACCGACGGCCAACGUUACGUGCCGCCCAACGCCCACGUGCCAGUUGAGCGGUACGUACCCCAACCGCAACCACAAGAACCCUUCUACAGUUCCUACCAAACGACAUAUGAAAGGUAUAAUAAACCUACCUUUACCGCAAGCGAUCCAUACAUGAGACGUGAUUUAUCCUAUCACUAUAGAUUACCAGUACAAUAUGGUAGCAUAGGACAUCAAUCAUCAUACCAAAAAAUUAGGUAUUCACAAAUGGGCACACCCUCGCGUCCAAAAUGCUGUCAGUUUGAUAGUUCCUUAGCAACAGGAUUACGUGCAAAUUCAGCCUCUAGUUCGAGUACAAGCUCAGUGGUGAGUUCUAACCAUCCAACCCAGUCUAUGCAAGAUCAGUGCCAAAACUACCAAAAUAGUGCAAAAGCUGGACAUUAUCAGCAGGAAAAAGGAACACAGUGUCCCAUACCAACACUUUCAAAUAGUUCUCGUUCAACGAUGGUGCCUUGCAGGCAUGUUGGGUGCGAGGAGGCUGUGGAAUAUGUUGGAGUUAGUGGUGGAAGACGAAUUUGUGCAACACCACCUCCAAGAUCUCAAGAACGCUGCGAAGGUUGUAUUCAAGCGGCGGCACAGGCAGCUGCGGUUGCUGCACAACUAAGCGCCGCGCAACAAUUAUCGAAAAGCGUUGUACGACAAGUUCAAAAUGUUCAGAUGUGGCGUUCCUCAACUCCAACAAACCUCACAACGUCGCUAGUCGUUUCCCAACCAACGCAUCGCCUUUCGCCGGAUCAUCCGUCUGUCACUUCCCAGCAAACCCCUAGACAUGUAAUACGAUCCCUUACUCCUACGAUUAAUCAGCGCUCUCUCACUCCUACUCCUAAUUUAUCCACCUCUUCUGGUACUGAACAGUCCACGCUUAGCACCACAGAUGAGCCUCAGGCUCGUUUACGAACCCAAAGUGGGACUAGCUUUCAAAGUCUCCCCAACCCACAUUAUAAUCCUGUAUCUUGUUUACAAACUCCUUCCAACACUCCACACACACCUCCAUAUCAGCCGACAAUUCAAAGCACCGGAUUGUCUGGAGACAUGAUCCCAUCAAGUAAUAGAGGUAUAGCGACAGUGCAAAGGGCAGUCUCUAUGCCUGCCACACCUAGUGAUAAUGUCUCAAGAGCAACUGGUGGACCUAAAAUUGACGAACAAAGGAGUGAGGCAAAGAAAGUUAAUUAUAGUCAGAGCGAGAGGGUGCCUAAUAGGGAUAGACCACCAUUACAUAGGUCAAUGAGUAGAAAGGAGAUGUUGAAAAACUAUAUAAAGAAAGAAACGGCUAGCUUUUUUGGCGUAGAUGAGGAAAAUGAAGACGAAGAACAAAAACGAUGGUUAGAGAGAAGAAAGCGAAUGGCAUAUAGAACUUUAGGUCCAUUAAAAGAUGAAUUUGCUACACUAACCACACGACAACAAGCAACAGCGCGCAGUGAAUUACGUCAUAAGAGGACCGCUUCAGAAGCCGCUCCAUCGAGUGCAGGAAUCACUUACGAUGGUCAACUAACGCAGGGCCGUCCAGAUAUUUUGCCCGGAGAAUAUGAUGCAGCUGAUGGAGCAGAGGGCUACGAAGGAGGGCUUAGGAGAAAAGAUUCAGUCGCUAGGAUGACAUGGGAUGGGAUAAACUACGUUGUUUCGACUCUAACGCGACAUCGACCACGGUCCGCCAGACCACAACAAAGUAGUGCUUUCGACCGCAGUUUUCCCCCUACGCUUCCACGCACCUCCUCCGUGCCCCAAGAGCAAGAAGAAGAGGCUGAAUCUUUUUAUCGACCCUCGUCUUCAGAAGGAGACACUGUUGAUCGGUUGGAGCCAAUUAGAACCUCUCAGUUCGCGUCUUUUAGCGGCAGUUCAGCUCCGUACUCGUCCGCAUCACCGACUUCUUUUGGCAGCUGGAGACGUGAACUUCAAGAUCAGGGUGUGGUAUUAAGACACGCGGAACGACGAGCCAUCAUUGGAGCAAGAAGAAUACCGAGUUCAAGGUUGGAAAAUAUUAUCGAUAAUUCCGAUAGGAGGCAGUAUGGAAUGGGUUGGAUAGGAAAACUUUUUGGACGCUCAUACCGAAAAUCAGUGGUUUCCGACUCAAGAAUUCAAGCACAACUUGAUGAUAUGGAUGAUAAUCGGCCGUACUUUACGUACUGGGUAACCACCGUUCAAAUUCUAGUUUUGUUCAUUUCUAUAGCGUGCUAUGGCUUUGGACCAUUCGGAGUGGAUCUCCAGGCUCGCUCAGGACAAGUUCUAGUUACCAGUUUAAGUUUACAACAAGUGGACUAUAUGGAACCGGCGAACUUUUGGGGUGGACCGCGAGCGGCUGAUUUAAUUCAUCUCGGGGCAAAAUUCGCCCCUUGUAUGAGGCUGGAUGACAAGAUAAUGCAGCAAAUUGAAAAAACUCGAAAAAAGGAAAAAGAAACGGCUUGCUGUAUUAGGAAUGACGAUUCGGGCUGUGUUCAAUCUUCACAGGCAGAUUGUUCCGUCAGAGGAUUAAGGCCAACAAAAACUAUUUCCACAUGGAAAAAAUGGACAUCUGGUGAUGCUGAUUCUGGCGGAAGAAUAUCAGGAUCUGUAUGUGGCCUAGACCCUAAGUACUGCGAUGCUCCAGCCUCAGUUCAUCCUUACGAAUGGCCAGAUGACAUCACGAAAUGGCCGAUUUGCCGUAAAACAAAUCCACAGAUAUCCAACGCUGUUGCCAAUAGGAGGGAUAAAAGUGCACCACGUGACAAAAUUGCUGAGCAUAUGGUAUGCGAAGUGAUAGGACAUCCUUGUUGCAUCGGUAUUCACGGACAAUGUCGAAUAACCACCAGGGAGUACUGCGAUUUCGUUAGAGGCAGUUUCCACGAAGAGGCAAGUCUCUGUUCACAGGUAUCGUGCCUAAACGACGUAUGCGGAAUGAUUCCAUUUUAUUUUCCGGAUACCCCGGACCAAUUCUACCGUUUGUGGACUUCUCUAUUUCUGCAUGCCGGAAUUUUACAACUGGCCAUUACCAUUUUGGUUCAACACUUCCUUAUGAGAGACCUAGAAAAGCUUACCGGCUCCCUGAGAAUAGGAAUUAUUUAUAUGGGUUCUGGCGUUGCUGGAAAUCUCGCUAGUGCUAUCUUUGUUCCUUACAGAGCAGAUGUUGGCCCCGCUGGUUCCCAGUUCGGCCUCCUGGCCUGCCUCAUCGUAGAAGUACUAAACGCAUGGCCGAUGCUGAAACAUCCCAAUCAAGCUCUGUGCAAGUUACUCUCCAUCACACUCGUCUUGUUCCUCAUCGGUCUUCUCCCGUGGGUGGAUAACUACGCCCAUCUGUUCGGAUUUGUCUUCGGUUUUCUCCUAAGCUAUGCCCUGUUACCUUUCGUCUCAUUUGGGCCGUAUGACCGCCAGAAAAAAGUGUUCUUAAUAUGGGUUUGUCUGUUGACGACCAUGAUUCUUUUCAUAGUUCUAAUGCUCCUAUUUUAUAUCAUACCGGUGUACGAUUGUAAGAUCUGCUCGUACUUCAAUUGUCUGCCGUUAACGAGGGACUUUUGCGCAAAUCAGAAUAUCAAUUUUAAAAGAGAGGAGCCAGUCGUAUGACAGGAGGCAUUUGUUUUAAAUGUGGACGUCGGGACCGUGUCGGGACAGACUAUAAACGUGUCGCAAAAAGUGAUAAAAAAUUGCAGUUCGGUGGUGAAAAGGCUCGUGCUUUUUAAAAGGGAUCAUUUCCGAAGACAGAGUUCUCUCUUUAAUAGUAAAAUAAAUGUUAAUACAAAUAUCAGCUUAAAGAGAGAUUGGAUGGACUGCAGGUUACGUGAAGGUUUGAUAGGUACUGAGCUAAAUGAAAUGCUAGGUAUACUUACAUAAAUUCUCAAGAGCACAAAUACGUUUUAUAUGGAUUUAUUUUGUUUUCAAAAUAAUUAUCUAAUACUAGUCCUUUCUAGCUACGCAUACAUUUUAUUUUAGUUGUUUUAAAUGUACUCUGUGUCCCAUUUUGGUUGUAAUUGCAAGAGAUCUCCCUUGCUAUUAAAUGUAGAACCUUACGGGUUUCACGAACCUGCGUCCAAACAUUUAACGCCUCCAACAAAAGUAAGCUACCUUUUGCGUGAAAUACAGGGUAAAAAUUACUAUAAUUAGAUAUUAUGCCUAGAGUUCAAUGUCAUAGUGGAAAAAGAAGUGAAGGUCAUUUUUCCGGAGAUAAGACCCAAAUUUGGUUUUUAAAUCAAAAAUCAGGCAUUUUUUUGUUGGUCACAAAAUAUUGUCCAUUUUUCUAAAUUGAGACGACUUCAUAACCUCAUUUUCACGAAACUUUGUUCCAUAUCAUCAUCUUCUGAAUGAGACAAAUGGUCAUGUUCAUCGUUCAAUCAACAUCAUGGAAUCCUUGUCUUCAUCGUUUUCAGGAAAAUAUUGACUGUAGAUGGCACUAAACCCCUCAUCAACAAUCAUUGUUUAUUAUUUUGUAAUACCAACAGUAACGAUUUAAUUAAUGUAAUAAAGAAAAAGACGAUCAGCCGGCAUGAUAACAAUAAUAACAUUUGCAAACUCAGUUUUUCAGCAGUUAUCGUUUAGUAAUCCAAAACAACGUACGCAAUUAACUACAAUAAUAUUUUGAGUAGAAACAACACUUGAUGUCGUUGAAUAUGGUUAGACACUAGUCAACAUGGAGAAAAGGAUACAACUAACGAGAAACUGAUGAACAAUUGUUUACCUUUUCGAAUAGUUUUCGCAAAAACUUGUUUUCGUCCAUAAACCCCCUUAUUGUAGACCAGGUCACAAAAGUUGAUUGUGACCAAAAAAUACAUAUUCCAUUUAACAGUCGCACUGGGACCCUAACAGUGUACCCGUUCUUGUGCCUCGCCGACAACUAUAUGCCCUUACACAUUUAUCAAGCGUAUCGACGCCGGCUUUUGUGGAGUUAUAAUACAGAAUAAUUUCUGGCUUGUCAUUUUUCACUUGCAUAUUAUGAUGUUGUGUAAAAAGAACAGUGACGACCUUCUUCUUUUUGGGUACAUAACUUACAAGUGUUUCACGGUCCCGAAAAGCAAAGCGAAUAGUGCCGGGAGUUGCAUCCUUCAACGAUCGUGGUCUUAGUUCUGGUGGAACAUCUUUUCAGUUACUCAUUAUUGUUCCCACGACUGUAAGAUCCUUUUCCAACAAAGCAUUUGCUGUUGGCACUGACGUAAAUUUUCUGUCCAUUGUAAUAUUGCGACCACUAUUCUGCAAUUUUGCUAAUUCUACAAGACGUUUUACGACUUCUGGACCACUAUUGUAAUCUUUGGGCUGAUUGAUUACUUUUCCAGCAUAUGGUUCUGCAGCAAAACAAUAGUAGUUUUCUGAGUCACAGAGCACAUCCAUAGCUUCAAUCCCAUAUUUACCAGGUUUCGUAGGAAUAUACAGGGUGUCCGGAAAGUCAACGAUAAUACUGAAGGGGCUGAUGGAGCAACUCAUAAGCACCCAGAAAAACAUAAAAUGACCUUAGUAAAAAAUCGAUAGUUUUCGAGAUAUUGGCACUUUAGUGGAAGUCACCAAAAUCCUACUCUUGGAUCAGAUUUUCGAUUGUCACCCCUUAUAAAAAGAUAUUUUUUAAAAUCUCUUUUUAGCUAUGCAACACUGAAUAGCCAUUUUACUGAUCAAAGACAAACAUUAAACUAAACGGCCAAAAAAUUUAAUAAGAAAUCUAUUCUAAAAUAAAGUAUUACUUAUUUUUAUUUUUUAAACUUUGAUUUGACCGCUCAUACUGGACCGAAAAAUUGUACGGCAACCCGGCUAAUACCUUAAAAAGUUUGCUCAUUUAAUUUAAUUUUAAAAUUACCCAAUAUGUUUUUAAAAAAGCUUUACUGUUAUUGUGAUAGAGUGAAAGAUAAACCUAAUCUACCUUAUGAAAAAAAUAAAACAAAUUUAUAAUGUUAUGUUCAAAAAAUAUUUUUAUUUAACUUAAAAAAAAAUUAAAAAUAAAAUAAUAUGUUCGAACUGUCUACUACCAACGUGAAUGCAGGCGUGGCAUCUUUUAAUAAAUGACCUAUUGAUCCAUCUUGCAUUCCUGGCAGCGUUAAGAUCUUGGGCUGCAUCAUUUAUUCGCUGCCGUAAUUCAGCAAUAUUAUUUAUUCAUCUUGCAUAAACCUUUUCUUUUAUGCAACCCCAGUAAAAAAAAUCGAGGGGGUUUAGGUCUGGAGACCUGGGAGGCCAUAAAAUUGGACCAAGUCGGCCGAUCCAUUUGUUGGGGUAUGUUUGGUUUAAAUACCGAUGAACUUUAUGGGCAUAAUGUGCCGGGCAACCAUCAUUUUGGAACCACAUUAUUCGGCGACUGGCCAAAGGAACAUCUUCUAAAAGAAUUGGUAGAUUGUUUCGACAAAAAUCUAAAUAAGCCUGCCAGUUCAAAUUUUCGAGUAAUUCGAAUGGGCCAAUUACACGUCCGUUCAAAUUACCGGUCCACAAGUUUACUUUAAAUCGGUACUGUGACCUUUCUUCUCGAAUAGAGUGGGGAUUUUCCAAUGCAUAAGUGUGCAAAUUGUGCAUGUUCAUAAAGCCAUCCUUUUUGAAUGUACUCUCAUCCGACCACAGUAUAUUAUUUAAAAAAUUCGGAUCUUCUUGAUUUUUUUGCAACAUUGUGCGGCAAAAUUGUAGGCGUGGUUCGUAGUCUCGAGGCAGUAGGCUUUGCACUCGUUGAACAUGAUAAGGGUGAUAAUAAAAUCGCCUAGUGAUGUCGUUUACUACCGAUUUCGGUAUCCCUGUUCUUCUUUCGAUUGCUCGUGCCGAAGUAGUCGGAUCAUUUUCAAUUUCUUCUAAAACUUGAUCAACAUAAUCAAUACGAGGUCUUCCCUCUUGAACAGGAGCAUGAGGCAUUCUGUCUUCGGAAUAUGAGCGGUGAACAUUAAUAAAUACACGAUAGUCAGGAUAUCGGGCCAAUUUAGAUAUCUUUCUUGAUAAAGAUUAUAUGCUGCUAGAGCAUUUCCUCUGCAUUCACCAUAAAUGAGAUGCAUGUUUGCAUAUUCUUGGGCGGUAUACAGCAAGGGCAUAAUAAAUGAUUAACCAAUAAAACAAACAGCUCAAAGAACACAGUCCAUAGGAAAAUGAACUAAAAAACAAAUCCAAAGCAAAAGGUAACAGAAACGUUAGGAUACAAGCAAAAAAGUAGUUAGUUCACGGAACUGUAAACAAACUAAAUUGCAAAAAUGUUUGUUGUUUAUUGCUAUGGUGAUAAGAAUUACCUUCGCUCUUGAUUUUUUUAAUUUUUAAGUUAAAUAAAAACAUUUUAAACAUAACUUAAAAAUUUGUUUAAUUUUUUUACAAUGAUAUCAUAAGGUGAAUUAGGGUUAUUUUUUACUAUUACACAAUAAUAGUAAACUGUUAAAAAAACAUUUAGGUAAUUUUAAAAAGUAGAUUAAAUGAGCAAAGUUUUUAAGGUAUUAGCCAGGUUGCCGUACAAUUUUUUUGGUCCAGU